CACGGCUGAGCACACAACCCCGGCCUGAGGUGGUGGUGGUGGGAAACCCACCGCAGUUUUCUGCGACAUCAUGGAGGGUGGUGGGGGAAGUGGCAACAAAACCACCGGCGGGUUGGCCGGCUUCUUCGGAGCAGGAGGUGCAGGUUACUUGAAUGAUUUGGCCUGCGUUCUGCUAACUGGUAUGAACCCCCUGUCUCCGUAUUUAAAUGUGGAUUCACACUAUCUUGUUCAGGAUACUGAUGAAUUCAUUUUGCCAACUGGCGCUAACAAAACCCGAGACAGACUUGAGCUAGCUUUCUUUACCAUCUUCGGAGGAUGUUGCAUGACAGGGGCUGCAUUGGGGGCAAUGAAUGGUCUUCGGCUAGGAUUGAAGGGAACCCAGAGCAUGGCCUGGUCCAAACCAAGAAAUGGACAGAUUUUGAAUAUGGUGACUAGACAAGGGGCACUUUGGGCUAACACUCUAGGUUCUCUGGCUUUGCUCUAUAGUGCAUUUGGUGUUAUCAUUGAGAAAACACCGGGUGCAGAAGAUGACCUCAACACAAUAGCAGCCAGAACCAUGACUGAAAUGUUGUAG